CGACGUGUGAUAUACUUUCUCGCGAAGAGAAAAGAGAAAGCCAUUUUUUCUAUGACUUUCAAUAAAAUUGUUCAAUCGACAUUUCGUGCUGUUAUAGUGUAUUUUUUCUUAACAUCGUUUCAUGUUGAGACAGUUUAAUGCUUCAAUUAUUCGGUUUUAAAGCAAACGUUUUGUAGCGUCUACUUCGGCGACACGAUUUCUGCUCAAUGUUAAAAAUUAUUCUUUUUGUCAAUAGCGUUUGUUAAUGUUAGUAUAUAAAAAAGGAAUAUCAGUGAAGUAGCAGAACAACAUGGCAAACUGCAAAAAAUCAUCCGUUCUUUUAUUGUUGCUCAUUUCCAUUGGCUUUAUGACCAGUGAGACCUAUGGAAUUGCUGUUAUGAGUGUUGAUCUUGGUAGUGAAUGGAUGAAAGUUGCCAUUGUUUCGCCAGGAGUUCCCAUGGAAAUUGCUCUAAACAAAGAGUCAAAGAGGAAAACUCCAAUGGUUAUAUCUUUUAGAGAUGAAGAGCGGACAUUUGGUGAAGAUGCCCAAGUAGUAGGCACUCGUUUCCCGAAAAUCAGUUUCCAAUAUAUCUUGGAUUUGGUGGGUAAAUCAAUUGAAAACCCAAUAGUCCAGCUGUUCAUGAAACGCUUUCCAUACUAUGAUAUUGAGUCUGACAAUGAACGUAAUACAAUAGUCUUUAGAAUAGAUGAGAAAACAAUCUACACUCCUGAAGAGUUGUUAGCUCAAAUCUUACACAAAGCUCGGGAAUUUGCUCAAAAUUCAGCUGGUCAGAAGAUUAAUGAAGCUGUUAUUACUGUUCCUGGUUUUUUUAACCAAGUUGAACGUCUGGCUAUUCUUCAAGCAGCUGACCUUGCCAACAUUAAAAUAUUGCAAUUGUUCAAUGACUAUUCUGCUGUUGCUUUGAAUUACGGCAUUUUCAAUCGUAAGCAGAUCAAUGACACAGCUCACUACGUUAUGUUCUACGACAUGGGAGCCAGUAGUACUACAGCUACUGUUGUUGGCUACCAGAAUAUCAAAACCAAAGAGAGAGGUUUUCUUGAGACUCAUCCACAAGUCAGUAUUCUUGGUGUUGGCUAUGAUCGUACCUUGGGUGGUUUGGAAAUGCAAAUCAGACUGAGAGAUUACCUUGCUAAGGAGUUUGAUGCUAUGAAGAAAACUUCAAACUCAGUUUUCAAAAAUCCGAGAGCUAUGGCUAAACUUUUCAAAGAAGCUGGACGUGUAAAGAAUGUGUUAAGCGCUAACAAUGACCAUUAUGCUCAGAUUGAAGGAGUUAUUGAUGAGAAAGACUUUAGAUUGCAGGUAACCAGAGAAAAGUUUGAAGAACUCUGUGUUGACUUGUUUGAAAGAGUAGCAAAUCCAGUUAAAACCGCUUUGGAAACUUCAGGCUUAACCAUGGAUAUAAUCAGUCAAGUAGUAUUAGUAGGAGCUGGUACCAGAGUACCGAAAAUCCAAGAAAAAUUAAGUGCUUAUCUUAAAACUGAGUUAGCCAAGAACAUCAACGCCGAUGAAGCUGCUGCUCUUGGAGCCGUUUACAAGGCUGCGGAUCUCAGUCAGGGUUUCAAAGUGAAGAAAUUUAUUACGAAGGAUGCCGUAUUGUUUCCUAUUCAGAUCGUUUUUGAUAGAACUGUUGAAAAUAAUAAAGUUAAGCAGGUUCGAAGGACCCUAUUUAGCAAAAUGAACGCAUAUCCACAAAAGAAAAUUAUUACCUUCAAUAAGCAUAAUCACGACUUUUCGUUCGACAUUAAUUAUGCCGAGCUAGAUUACUUGUCCAAGGAAGAAAUUGCUGCUAUUGGUAACUUAAAUAUCUCUACAAUAUCAUUAAGUGGAGUUGCCGAAGCAAUGGCAAAACAUUCGAAGGAAGCAGCCGAAAGUAAGGGAAUCAAAGCGCAUUUUGCCAUGGAUGAGAGCGGCGUAUUGAAUUUAGUUAAUGUAGAGCUUGUAUCGGAGAAAACAAGCGUCGUCGAAGAAGAAGGUGCUUUCUCAAAACUUGGUUCAACAAUAAGUAAACUCUUUUCUGGAUCGGAAGCUAAAGAAGCUGAAAAGGUUACACUGCCACCAAAAGAUGAUAUAAGACCUGUUUAUGAAGAGCCUGAUGAAUAUCCAGAACCAAAGAAAGAAUCUGAUGAAAAGGCGAAGGCCGAAAAUGAAACAAAAUCUCCCGAAGGCCAAACGGAAAACAAAACUGAGAAAAUAGAAAAAGAAAUAAAACCAACUAUUGUUACUCUUAAAGAACCAAUCAAAGCUCACGAAGACAAGCUUGGACCAAAAACUCUUUCUGAAGACAAGUUCUUAGUUUCGAAAGAAAAACUCUCAUCUUUGGACAAACAUGAGAAUGAAAGAGUUCGUCGUGAAAGCGCUUUGAAUAGCUUGGAAUCCUUCGUAAUUGAUGCGCAACAAAAAUUAGAAACUGAAGAGUAUCAGAAUGCUCUUGUACCUACCGAUGCCGAGAAGAUCAAGAAAGCUUGCAAUGAAGUUUCGGAAUGGCUUUACGAGGAAGGUUUUGGUGCAAGUGCAGAUACCUACGAAGAAAAGUUGUACGAAUUACAAAAACUGACGGCUGAUGUAAAUGAAAGAGUGUUUGAGCAUAAAGAGCGACCAGAGGCCUUAAAGGGGAUGCUUUCAAUGAUUAAUGGAAGCAGAACGUUCUUAACUAACAUGAAGAAUCUCAAUGUUUCUUCUGAGAUUUUCACUCAAAUUGAAAUAGAAACUUUAGAAAAAGUUAUCAAUGAAACAGAGGAAUAUCACGCUAUGGUUAUCAAAGCAUCAUCUGAGAUGAAGUUAUACGAACCCGUGCUUCACAAAGUUCGCGAUAUCGCUAAUAAGAUGGCUAUGCUUGACAGAGAAGUAAAAUACUUGGUAAACAAGGCUAAGAUUUGGAAACCAAAACAAGAACCAACAUCGAACAAUGCAGAAGAAAUCAGUGAAAAUAAAACGAACGCUAGUGCCAGUGAUGACAAGAAAGAAUUUUCUGGGAAAAGAGGAAGGGAUGAGGCUGAAACGUUAGAAGCAGAGGAGACUUUGGAAUUGCCUAUAAGUGAUACAGCAGAAGCUGAGGAUGAUGAUUCUAAAGUUGAACAUCAAGAGCUCUAAAUCCAUAAUUUAUUAAGAGAAAAUUUAGGUAUUUUUCAAUGAUAGAUUUGAAGAUUGAAAUGUUUGAUGAUCAACUCGUUAAUCACUUUUCUGAAGAAUGAAAUUCUGAAUGGUUUCAGUUAUUGACUGGAUGAAGAGUGUUUCUGUUUAAAUAAAUUUUUAUCAAGCACAUUCAAUUUUCUGCAGACAAGACUAAAACAUUUUUUAUACUUUGACGUUAAUUUGGUAACUUUAUUAAUUAAUGGUAUCUUUCUACUAAAAAACUAAGAAUCACGUAUUUUGUAUAAUUUAUGUUCUGAUACAUCCACAGUGUUAGGGUACUUGAUUACAUCAAGCCUUCCAAUAAUUUUUAUUGCAUGCUUAAAUGUGAACAUGUAAUAUUUCACAUGUUAUUUGUGUGGAUAACGCGAUUUUGAUAAACAAAAAAAAUGUAAAAUGUAAAAGUGGUAUUUAAUGUAAAUUUCAUCUGCAUGAAUCGUUCAAAAAAUGUAUGAAUGGAAGCAUUUUUGUGUGGUUAAAUAUAGCACGUUUAUUAGAAAUAUUGUCAUCAUUUAAUGAUGAGUAAAGUGAUAAACAUCUAGAAGCUUCAAAAAGGUGCAUUAUCAGACUUUUUCAAUACAAAAAAAACUUCCUUCUUAAAAAAUGAAAGAUUCAUCCUCUCUAAAUGCGUACUUAAAAGCAUUUUUUCAUUGUUCCAUCUAUGAUAAACAGACAAAUGAAUCUUAAAUGAAUUUAGUUAGAUAAUUAUUUCUAAUUUUUAAGUUUCAAUGAAUGUAGCGAGUUGAUUUGUUUUUCUGAUAAAAGUAUAGUGCAAAUAUGCUGCAAUUAUAUAUAUAUAUAUUCAUUCCAAUUAAACUAAAUAUGGCGAAAAAAUUUUGUUAUUUAUUAUUCGGAGUGAAUAAAUUUGUAUUUA